AAUAAUACCUUUGAUACAUUUUGCGGCCGAAAGAUAUUAUUGCAAUAAUGAAGGGAGUUGGCGUGAUUGUUUUGCUUGUAGCAGCCAUGGUUGGCGCAGAGGCAGCCGCGGUCAACACCACCACCAGUAAGCCAUCGCCCGAACCAAAACCACCUGCCUUCUGCCGCGGUUUGAACUGCCCCAAGUUUACUGUCGUGAAGGCAGAAAAGGAAUACGAAGUCAGAAAGUACGAGGCUUCUUACUGGACGAGCACGGACAUGUACGAGAUGAGCAUUGAUGAUGCGACCAGAAUUGGCUUCGGGAGACUCUUCAGAUACAUCAGCGGAAACAACGCCAACAAGGAAAAGAUUGCCAUGACGUGCCCAGUCCUGACUAAGGUCACCCCCGGCCAAGGUCCCGCCUGCGAGAGCAACUUCACGGAAAGCUUCAUGGUUCCCUUCUCGCAUCAACCCAAGGCGCCUGCGCCAUCAGACAAGGACGUCUACCUCAGUUCCAUGCCGGAGAUGACAGUCUACGUCAAAUGCUUCGGAGGAUACGCCAAAGAAGCCGAAUGGAUCGAAAUGGCCGCAGCCCUCGCCACGGCCAUCGGGGAUACCAGCGUAUUCGACAACACCCACUACUUUACGGCCGGGUACGACAGCCCCUAUCAACCUUUCAAAAGACACAACGAGGUCUGGUUCGUCGGAAAAUAAAAGACAUUAGAAGACAAAAUCACUGCCAUAGUUUGCAUCAUGCACUCGAUAAAUAUUGUAUACACCAUAAGCUAUCGGAAAAAAUGUGAGGUUGCAAUCAAAUAUGGCGCAAUUUGUUACGUAAGCGUUAAACGUAGAUGUGCUAGGCGUCUCUAGUAGGUGGAGUGCCCUGAACUGCAAACCGAGCGACGUGGAGAGGAAGAUGCACAUUCUAAUCGGCAGUGACUUAAACGAUUUGGUACCAAACCUAAAUUGUUUGUACAUAUAUCUGUUCAUAAUGUA